UGGAUAAGAGAGGAACGAUCACAUAGAGGGCAAUUUAAAAAUAUGUGAUUCAAAUCGCCAACUUUGCCGCACCCGCACAAAUCGUCAACAACCUUAUGUCCAAAGCAAAUACUACAAAAAAUAUAGUAUGUCAUUUCAAUUUUUCAAAUGGUUGGUCGAUCAGUCAAACACUGGUGGCGCAGAAUUUGAAUGAAAAUGCUAAAAUAUUUUGAUAUAUUCUACACAUUCAAUGUUGUUUCUAAUGUUUUUACUGACAUUUUCGAAUGCACUAUAUGCAGAAAGUGGCAGUGCAGGCACUGUUUUAUUCAAGGAACGUAAAUACUACCCAGAAUGCUGGACUGCAGAUCAAGCGGCAAAACUUCGCGCACGGAUGAUAUUAGAGAACAUAAUCCCACCACAAGUAACUCUAGAUAAAAUAAAUCGUAAAUACGUUAGAACAACUUUAAGAUAUUUUCGUAGUGCACUACUGCAAGUCAACAAAAGUCGGGACCCACUCAUCGCUGGUAUACUCCAGGAAACUAUGGCCGAUACUAUAGGAAGUCAUUUACGCAAAGAUUUUCUGCCCAAUGUUAAAUUUGCUUAUUAUGCUGGUUAUGUACCAUACGACGACGUACAAAAAUUAAACGAUUUAUAUGAGGAUAUGAAAACAAUUUUGAAUACGAAAGGUAUUGGCUGGAAGAUACCUGUAAUUACACCUCAGCAAUCGAACUUAACCGUUCGUAAAAUUCUCAUAGGAUUGGGAAAACUACGUAACCCUUGUUCCUGUCUGGCAAUAAGACAGUACCCAAAUCAAUGUUUACGCUUGCCUAUUCCAAAAUUGGACGAUGAUCAUAAUCCUUCAGCAAUGGUGCUGCCGUUUAGGAAUGGGGGAGUUGUAAGUUUACAUUCGCCGAAAUCAGAGAACAUUUUACUGGAAUACUACACAACUGCAGCAAGAUGCAUUCUUCACAGCUCGCCUGCAAGAUGUCGGCAUUCAGAUUUUGUUAAUUUCAAUAAUGAACUGUGGCACUGGAUGAAGAAAUCAGUCGCUCCGCAUCUUAUGGAUGAAAAAUUAUAUCCUGGGUUAGGAGGUGUCUUGCGCGUCGCAGCCGCAGUACAAACCUACGGCAAAGGCUUAUCCCGACGCAAUAUAUUAUACGACUACGAAGAAGAACAUCCAAACAAUUGGCAUCUUUGGCGAACGCUCACACAGACUGGAGUAUACGUAAACACGGAUUGGACGCCUCGGUUAUACAUUGGCAUCGUUAUUUUUAUAGGGUGCUUGAUGUGCUGCGUGCAAUUGUUAAUAGACAGAAUGUGCCGCACGAGAAGAGUUUGUUGCUGUAUUGGGCGGCGGCUGUCCUCGUCAGGGACGAGAAAAGAUGUUACAUAUACUGACGCGGAUACGAACGUUCCUACUAUGUUGUCGACGCACUAUAUUUACCCAUCAAGUAAGUCAACCUCGACCAAAACGAAUAGACCCGCGCCGCCCAUACAAAAAAGUAAAUCGGCGUCAACGGGAACUAUCAAAACUCAGCGAGUGUACGAUAUGAACGAGAACACAGAAAAGUUAAUGCCCGUGCUAAUAAGCGACAAUGAAAGUACUGAUAUCGAAAUUUCGUCCUCACAGAGUUCCGGCGAAGACCCAUUGCAAAAGACUGUGAUAGAUAUGCGUAGUGUGAAGUCACCAAAUUCCCAGAAAUCGAAAAGUCCACCGCAGAUAGACGCAUUAGUAGCGCAGUUGAAGAUUGAUAAGCCUUCGUUUACAGAAUCGAGCCGUGUGAAUGUUUAUUUGACGGAUACGGCAACAGAGACUACAUUUAAUCGCGGUCGACCGAGCGACACGGGAUGGUCUGAAAGUUCUUCAACAAGUAGGUCUAUGACAACCGCUAGUUUGAAGUCUCAAGGUACAAGUUUGCGGGAAUUAGCGUGGGCACAUCGCGUUGCCUGCAAGCAAAAACGACGAGCUUCUUCCUCGCUAACCAAUACAGCGACUGAAGUAAAUUCCUACAUGGGUUCGAAUUCGUUUACGACUCCACGCUCUCGACGAUAGAAUGUUCAUAUUUCUACGAUUAUUUAAUAGGUGCAGGUGGGUUGGAUAGGUCUUUUUAGAUUUCGUUAGUGAUAUUAUUGUAAGA